AUGAAUCUUUGCUAUGUAUAUGUGGCAGCUGUUAUAGAUAGGAAGCGGAAUUUGAAGUACAAGGGUACUGCAAAAGUUUACAUUAACCAGAUAAAUGUUGAAAGGUUGUGCAAGAUUUUUAGUCAUGACCAUUGUCGACGGCUGGACGUCCGCAACCAUGUCACUACUGUUGUGUCCAGGCAGCACUUGGAGAUGGCGCUCGCAUCCACAGGAGUGAGUACCAUUGCUCUGAUAACUAAUCCGCCCGAUCAAUAUCCCCUGCUAGAUUUUCCCGCUGGGCAGCACUGUCUGAAGGCUGCGGAAGAACUGCUAGCGCUAAACAUUAGUUCCGAUUUGCAAGCAGCACUUGUGGAUGAAUAUUCAAAUGAGAGGGUUCUAAGUGACGGCGAGGUCUAUCUCAAAGUUCGUCAGUAUCAAUAUGAGGGGAACGCAUCUAACAAAGCCAAACAGUUCUGGCAGCUUACAUCAUGGGUUGAUGUUCGCGCUGCCUUUGACCGGCUACAGAUCAUUCCUUUUGGCUCUAUUCCUAGAGCACUCGCCAUGAACUGUUAUGAGGAGAUGGUUCACGGUUUAGAUUCGUUACUGGAGUCAUGGUCUUACUACGUGAGAGGCGACUGUGAGAAGAUGCUAAAGAUUGACCUGCAUACAGAUGUGAAGGUUGUUAAAGGCCUGGUUCUAAGCAGGGAAGUCUUUUCGGAAUUCACGUCGUCUGAAUGUAAGGCUAUAUGGAAGAGGUUAAAACGCAGGAGGAAUAUUAUCCCGUCGCUGUAUACCUUUUUCCAAGAUAUGUGGUAUCUUAAGGCAUGCGCAAACUGCAUGAAACAUCUGGUUAGCCCAUGCCAGUGUUAUCCUUCAGUCAAGAGCGCCUUCCUAGGCGUAUAUAAAAUGGGCCUGAACGAUGGCGAUUGCCUGAUCCAAAUAUCUGAGACGGAUUUCCGGCACCAGCGUGGCUCUUAA